AUGUUUCCGUUUUUCAGUUACUUUAACUUCUUCUUCCUCUGUGUGGCCCUCUUCCUUUUGCGCCCUUGCUUUCCCGCCAGGAUCGUACCAGAAUCCGUAACUGUAAUAACCUCCGAAUCCGAAACGCACAACGCCACGUGGCACGACUUCUCAAAAUUCUUGCACGCCGAGAGAGGUAGCCACGUCAGCGGCAUGUCGGAGCUGAAAAAGUACUUUCACCACUUCGGUUACCUCUCUCUGCCCGAAACGACACCGAAUUUCACAGACACCUUCGAUUCCCAAUUCGAGUCCGCCGUCGUCCGUUACCAGACACGGCUCGGCUUGCCCGUCACCGGAAAACUCGACUCUCAGACCAUAUCCGCGAUUGUGGCUCCGAGAUGCGGCGUCUCUGAUGCCGCGACGCAUGGAUUACACACCACGCGCCACUUCGCGUACUUCGACGGCAAGCCACGGUGGGUGCGUGAUUCUCCGAUGAUUCUUACGUAUGCCUUCUCUCCGUACAACAUGAUCGACCGGUUGAGCGUCCCGGAAAUUCGGGCGGUGUUUGAGCGUUCGUUUGCGCGGUGGGCGUCGGUGAUUCCGGUGAGUUUUCAGGAGACGGAGGAGUACGAUAAAGCGGAUAUUAAGAUCGGGUUUUACUUGGGUGAUCACGGUGACGGAGAACCGUUUGAUGGUGUUUUGGGGGUUUUGGCCCAUGCGUUCUCCCCUCAGAAUGGGAGAUUCCAUUUGGAUGCGGCGGAAACGUGGUCCGUUGAUUUUGAUCGUGAGGAAUCAAGGGUGGCCGUUGAUUUGGAAUCUGUGGCCACGCACGAGAUAGGUCACGUGCUUGGGUUGGGUCAUUCAUCGGUCAAGGAAGCGGUGAUGUACCCGAGCCUGAGUCCCCGAAGGAAGAAGGUCGACUUAAAAAUUGAUGACGUGGAGGGUGUCCAAGCUCUUUAUGGCUCCAACCCCAACUUCACUUUUAGUUCUUUGUUGCAGUCUGAGAAUUCCUAUAACCACGCUGUUGGAUCCCAAACCCGUUUAUCUAAAUGGACCCUAUCAUCGGCCCUUGCCUUGUUCAUAUUAUUUUUAUGUGCUUAA